AGCACCAAAGCCUAUCAUCAACUGGUGGGCAACCUGAAGAAAGGGGGAGGAGCUCUCAUCCUUAACGUCAAGUCUAAGACUCACAUGUACAAGUCGGCCAAACGUGGCUUGAGGAACUUUCUAUCACCCAAGGAGCACGUUGAGAUUCUCUCCCUUAAGAGAGGCAACUCCGUGUCCGGAACACACACACACCGCCGCAAACAAUCAGAUUGCCUUCAGAGCCGUUUACCAAUCACACAACACUUUGGGAAGUCUCGGCCCCGUCGUCCAGUUAACAAACAAGGCUGUCUCCUUGACGACGAGAACACACAAGAGAACAGAGACACCUGGGAGGAAGACUGGCAGGACAGUGCUGUCUCAGGCCCCGUGGCAGACCCAGAGCUCCAGGAGGAGGAGGGGGGAGACUCAGGUAUGUGUGACCCAGAGGAGAUGGACCUCCUGGGGGAGAUCUUUGACACGCUGAGCGCCCGGAGCUCCCAUGACCGCGGCCUGCUCUACGGGACACGAAGUCUAGACCUGUUUGGACCUGAUACUACUGACUACAUCAGACAGAGGGGCCUGGCCACUCCCAGUCAGGAAAGUCUAGGCGUGUCCAUCGGUGGGAGUGGCAGUCUGCACAGCUGGAACCAGGAGGACGGGCUACAUUACAUGGGGGAGGGACCAGAACAAACCGAUGAUUCUGAUUGGCUAGGAGAGGGACAGGCGUUGUCAGAGGAAGCAUCACAAACACCUCAAGGGAGAAGAGAGGACAGGAGGAGAGAGGAGGAGUGGAGAGAGGAGGGAAGGAGAGAGGACGGGAGGAGAGAGAAGGAGUGGAGAGAGGAGGGAAGGAGAGAGGAAGGGAUGGAAAAGGGGUUGGUGGAGGCAGAGGAGCUUAAAGAGAGGAUAGAGGUGGGGAUGGAGAGAUGGAAUGUUCUGAUGCAAGGAGGGCAGGAUGAUCAACAGAUGGAGGAGAGGAAGAGGGAUGAAGACUUCACUAUGGAGCCAAAGAUUCAGUCUGAAUGUGUGGGUGAGAAGGGGAAGGGGAAAGAAGUGGAGGGAGAGAAAGAGAGAGAGAAGAUGCAGAAUGACAGAGGGAAAGACCAACAAGAAGAGGAGAACCAGGGGCAGGAGAGAGGCCCCAAGACACCAGGAGAAUUACCCAGGAACAGAGGCCCAAGGUCGGGUGCUGAGUCUAGGGCCGGGGCAGUGGAGGACAACCAGGGAGAAGGGGACAGACUCACCCCCAAAACCACUGCUUUUCCUGGGCCUGAGAACGGCACAGCAACCCAUGCUUCUAAACAACCCCUGGGUCAGCUAGAAAGAGAAGAAAAGGGGGAGGAAAUAGAGGUGGGACCCACACCCCUUUCUCCCAGUGUGCUGUCUGCUGUAGCACUGUUCCAGUCACCGGCCUCCGUGCAAACCCUCCAUGGGAAGGCCCAGACCAGGGGCUCGCCUAAACCCAGUAACACACCUCGGACCUGGGACACUAUACAGAAGAGCUGCCCUCAGGAACCCAACAACACCCAGGUCUCACCGAAUGACAAAGCUGGACCUGGCAUAGCCACCCCUGUCCUGACUAUGCCUAUAAAUAACCAAUCAGAACCAGGGGGGAACACCACAGCGCAGGAAGACCCGCCCCCUGUCAAGGUGUCUGAGCUGAAGAAGAGAUUUGAAGCCUGAUGACUGGUGCAGGACUGUUUGAGUGGCGCAAAGCUCAGCCAAUGAUUCUGCAGUUUUCAAAGACUGAGGAACUUGAGUCAGAGAAGAAAUUGGGAUGGGAAGUGAAACUCCGGAACAUGAAGCGCUCUGAAUGUUGCAAGUAGAAAUAGAAUGAAUAGAAUUGACACAAUCCCAUAUUCUAACCGACAGACAGUAAUUCCGGUUCUACACCAUACAUUUCUAUCUGAACAUUCUGUAACGUUCUUAUUCAGGUCUAUGAUGUAAUGCAUAAGGCCAGAGGUUUUCCCCCAGGGUGUAUUCACUUGGACGCACACGGAACCGAACGGGGAGGGACCUUUCUGAAUAUUUCCAAUAGAAACUCUCAAUUUCGUUGGAAAAUAUUUUCAGUUUGGAUUAAACGGUUACCAUUGCAAAACGUUUUGAUACAACGCUGAACAUUUAGCUACAUUGUGCAACUAUUGAAUAUCAGUUGUGGAAAAAGUACCCAAUUGUCAUACUUGAGUAAAAGUAAGGAUGCCUUAAAAGAAAAUGACUCAGGUAAAAGUGAAAAAUCACCCAGUAAAAUACAACUUGAGUAAAAGUCUAAAAGUAUUUGUUUUUAAAUAUUCUUAAGUACUAAAAGUCAAUGUAUUUGAAAAAAAUGUACUUAAGCAUAAAAAGUAAAAGUACAAAUAAUUUAAAAUUCCUUGUGUUAAGCAAACCAGACGGCACCAUUUUCUGUUUUAAAAUAUAUAUAUAUUUACAGAUAGCCAGGGCAACACUCAGACAUCAUUUACAUACGAAGCAUGUGUUUAGUGAGUCGGCAAGAUCCGGUAGUAGGGAUGAACAAGGACGUCCUCUUGAUAAGUGCGUGAAUUGGACCAUUUUCCUGUCAGAAUGUAACAAGUACGAUUGAGUGUCAGGGAAAAUGUACGGAGUAAAAAGUACAUUAUUUUCUUAAAGAAUGUAGUGAAGUAAAAGUUGUCAAAAAUAGUAAAGUAAUGUUUUGAUACCAAAAAAAAAAAAAAAAAAACUGAAGUAGUACUUGAAAGUAUUUUUACUUAAGUACUUCACACCACAGUUGAAUACACCACGGAUCAUGUCACAUGACAUUCAGGAACCAGUUCUGUCGCUGGUUGUAUUGUCCUUAGAUGACCAGCAGGUGGAGCUUGUGGAACAUGAACACAAUGCACUGAAUACACACUUGAAGAUAUUAUUAAUUUUUUUAAUUUUUUUAAACUAAAUUCAAUAUUUUUCUCCUGGAUGAUAUUAAAUGCACUGAAUAAAUGGAAGUUUUAUACUU